AUCUUUUUCUUCACUACUCUAUCAAACCUUCGUCCCAACUCUAACAAAUUUAUGCUAGAAACAUUCAUGAGACUCCAUUUUUCCCAUGCCCUUUAUUGGUGGGCAAGACACCUCAACCUGACUUUAUGUAUUAAAAAAACAAAUAAUUUCUUCAAAACGCAUAUAUAAACUAAAUUUUUCAAUUUCUCUACACUAAAUUUCCGAGGAAACAUCCCUCAAAAGAAAAUGUAGAGGAAAUAAUGAAUGGUUGACUUUAGUUUACAUCAGUUGAAUCUAUACACGGUUUCAACUUUAAUCUAAUUGGAAUAAGUCAUUACCUACCUUCAUUAUUAAUUCAAUGAAUCUUCCUCCAUUUAGUAGCAUACUGCUAUAGUCUCUUUCAGAACCAACCCUCUGUUAUUGCUCUAAUUUUUCUUUUUCCAGUUUAUGUUUCUGCAGUAAUGUCUAUUUUCUAUACUCAAUUUGUAGUUCUCUGCUGCUAUUUUGCGUUGCUUCUUUACUAUGUUCACUUGUCAAACGCUGAAACUUUUGAUUAUCCAUCUGCAAAUCUCUCUACUUCAUGGAUAAAUACUCCUUCCCUUCCACAUUCUGUAAGUUUCACUGACAAUUCUACAGUUAGAGCCAUCCUUCUUAGAGGAACUUUUGGUCCGAAGUUCGCUUGUGGUUUCUACUGCAAUGGGAAUUGCAAUUCUUAUCUCUUUGCCAUUUUUAUUGUUCAAACGAAUAGCGUUUCACAUAUAACUUCUCCUAAUAUUGGUUUCCCUCAAGUAGUUUGGUCGGCUAAUAGGAAUAACCCUGUCAGCAUCAACGCAACUUUGCAGUUCACAUCGGACGGAGAUUUGGUCUUGAGAAAUGGUGAUGGAAAGAUAGCUUGGUCUACGAAUACUUCUGGAAAAUCUGUUUCAGGAUUGAAUUUGACUGAAAUGGGGAACCUUGUGCUUUAUGAUGAUAAAAACAGAGUAAUUUGGCAAUCUUUCGAUUAUCCAACUGACUCUUUGGUUCCUGGCCAGAGGUUAAUUUCAGGGAAAAAACUUACUCCUAGUGAAUCUGCAACAAAUUGGACUCAACUAAAUUUACUUUCGCUCUCUGUAACUGAUCAGGGCAUGUUUGCUGCAGUAGAUUCUAGUCCACCGCAAGUAUAUGAAGAAUUUCAAGUUUUUGGUCAAAAAACUAACAAAGAACCGAGUUAUGUCAUUCUAAGAAACGGAAGUUUUUCUUUGUUUAUGAAUUCUUCAGAGCCAAGUGAACCUGACAUGUUCCUAAAUGUUCCCGUUGCAUCAUCAGCACAGUAUGCAAGGUUUUUCUCUGAUGGUCAUUUGCGAGUUUAUGAAUGGGGAUUUGAAGGGUGGAAAGUGGUUGAUGAUUUGCUUUCAUCUCCAGGGUAUGAAUGUUUCUAUCCAACAGUUUGUGGGAGUUAUGGAGUUUGCUCUAGCGGACAAUGUAGUUGUCCUUCGACGACGUAUUUCGAGCAGAUAAAUGACAGACAGCCUAAUCUAGGAUGUGCUGUGAUUACUCCUUUAUCUUGUGGAGAUUCACAAAAUCACAACUUCUUAAUGCUCAAUGAUACAACAUAUUCAUCGUUCGAUGCAGAUAUCAAAGAUGUGGAUUUAGAGACCUGCAAGUUGGCUUGUUCGAAGAAUUGUUCGUGCAAAGCUGCAAUUUUUCAAUAUGGUCCUAAUCCUGCCAGUGGCAUGUGCUAUUUGCCUAAUCAGGUAUUUUCAUUAAUAAACAAUGAUAAAGAAAAAACUCAUUAUAAUUCUACCAUAUACUUAAAAGUGCAAGAUGUUCCUAUUAUGCCAAAUGCGUCAAAUCCAGACGUUACCAUUCCUAAUCGAAAAGAGAAAAGUCGUACAUCGACUAUAUUAUGGUCCAGCCUUGGAUCUUUGUCAGGUUUGCUUCUUAUUAUUGGAAUUGGAGCGUUCUUGGCAUGGAAAAAAAGAAAUGGUGAUGAAGAUGAGGAAGAUUAUUUGGAUCAAGUACCGGGAAUGCCUAUAAGAUUUUCGUAUGAUGAUUUAAAAGCAUCAACGGAUAAUUUCUCCAAGGUACUUGGUGAGGGAGGAUUUGGCACAGUUUUUCAAGGGAAUCUAGCUGAUGGAACUAUAAUUGCAGUGAAGCGUUUAAAUGGUUUAGGCCAAGUUAGAAAAUCAUUCUUGGCUGAGGUUGAAUCAAUUGGGAGCAUUCAUCAUGUGAAUUUGGUAAGAUUGCUAGGAUUUUGUGCUGAUAAAUCUCACAGGCUUCUUGUUUACGAGUUCAUGUAUAAUGGGUCUUUGGAUAAAUGGAUAUUCCAUUCACCCCAAGAUCUUGAUUGGCAGCAGAGAAAAAAGAUCAUUCUUGAUAUAGCAAAAGGACUAACUUAUCUGCAUGAAGAUUGUACACAAAAGAUCAUCCACUUAGAUAUCAAACCUCAAAACAUCCUCUUAGACCAGAAAUUUAAUGCUAAGAUCUCUGAUUUUGGAUUGUCUAAAUUGAUCGAUCGAGACCAAAGCAAAGUUGUAACAACCAUGAGAGGAACUCCAGGCUAUCUCGCUCCCGAAUGGUUAAGCUCAGUGAUCACAGAAAAAGCCGACAUCUAUAGCUUUGGAGUUGUUCUUUUGGAAAUGCUAUGCGGAAGGCGAAAUGUGGACCAUUCUCAGCCAGAGGAGCAAAUGCAUUUACUUAGCAUCUUCGAGAAGAAAGCGGAAGAAGACAAUCUGUUAGAUUUGGUAGAUAAUUAUUUCAGCAACGACAUGGAGUUCCAUAGAGUAGAAAUUAUGAAGAUGAUGAAAGUUGCUGCAUGGUGUCUGCAAAAAGAUUAUGCAAAAAGACCGCCCAUGUCAAUGGUCGUUAAAAUCAUAGAAGGUACUGCAAAUGUUGAACAUAAUUUAGAUUUUAACAUGUCUGAUCCAUCAUUCCUUGCCGCUUCUUGGAAACAAGAUACUCAAUUGUUUGCUUCUGUUUUAUCUGGACCAAGGUAAUUACUCAAAUUUUUGCUUCAUAUAAAACAAGAUUAAUUAUAGAAUGUAAAUAUAAGUUGUAGGAUGUGGUUAAAGCACUGUAUGAGAGAGCAUGGAACAAAGGUUGCCUCUAUUUUCAUUUAUCAUAUUUUUACAGCUUCUUAAAUAAUCACUGUGGUAUAUUCAUGGCA